UCUCCCUGCCUGGCUCCGGAGGCUGCUCCAGCGCUGCGCGGAGCAGAGGUUUCCCCGGCUCCCGUAAAUACAGGCACACGCAUCCAGUGCACCACACGCACGCACACCACACACACACAGAGGCACACAGGCACGCUCCGAGCCGCUGUCCAGUCCAUCCCCACGCCGGCUGCUUUCCCACCGUCUCCAUCCAGCCGGGCAGAGGCGGCAGGCACAGCUCCGCGGCGGAUCGCGCUGACGCUGCCCCGGGACUCCGCUCGCAGCAACGCGCCCGCGGUUUCAAUCUUCACAAGCUUCAGAGAGAUUUUACCUUCUUUUUUUCCUUUGCCUUUUUUCUUUUUUUCUUUUGGUUGUGUGGUUUUGGUUUGGGGUUUCCCCCCGCCUUUAUUUUUUUUUUUUUUUUUCUUUUGGCGUGGGGCGAGCGCUCUACGCUUGGAGAAGGAGCCGGAGGGACAAGGCUACCGCUCUCCUGCCCCCGCCGCGCGCGCAUGUGUGUGUGUGCGCGCCCAUCUCCCCCCCGCCUCGCAAAAGUUUGCCUGGGCGGCCGGGGGGCUCCCGGGCCGCCGCCCCCGCAGCCGAGGGGCGCGGCGGAGGCGCGGCGGAGCGGCGGCGGCGCGGGACUUGCGCGCCGCGCGGGAGUUGCGCUCCGCGCCAUGCCGGCGGCGCGGGGGGCUGCGCGGCGCUGCGCCCUGGCGGGGCCGCUGCUGCCGGUGCCGCCGCCGCCGCCGCCGCCGCUCCUGCUGCUGCUGCUGCUGCUGCUGGUGCUGCCGGUGCUGCCGGCCGCGGGGACCGAGGGCAAGGCGCGGAGCUGCGGCGAGGUGCGGCAGGCGUACAGCGCCAAGGGCUUCAGCCUGGCCAGCGUGCCCUACCAGGAGAUCGCAGGGGAACAUUUGAGAAUCUGCCCUCAGGAAUAUACAUGCUGCACCUCAGAAAUGGAGGACAAAUUAAGCCAACAGAGCAAACUGGAAUUUGAAAACUUAGUGGAGGAGACAAGUCACUUUGUACGCACGACUUUCGUAUCCCGGCACAAGAAGUUUGACGAGUUUUUCCGAGAACUUCUGGAGAACGCGGAGCGAUCCUUGAACGACAUGUUUGUCCGGACGUACGGCAUGCUGUACAUGCAGAACUCUGAGGUGUUCCAGGACCUCUUCACGGAGCUGAAGCGCUAUUACACAGGAGGCAACGUGAACCUGGAGGAAAUGCUGAACGACUUCUGGGCUCGGCUGCUGGAGCGCAUGUUCCAGCUUAUAAACCCCCAGUACCAUUUCAGUGAGGACUACCUGGAGUGUGUGAGCAAGUACACAGACCAGCUGAAGCCCUUUGGAGAUGUGCCCAGGAAGCUGAAGGUUCAAGUGACUAGAGCGUUCAUUGCUGCACGCACCUUUGUUCAGGGGCUGACAGUAGGCAGAGAGGUUGCGAACAGAGUAUCCAAGGUCAGUCCCACCCCAGGGUGCAUCCGGGCGUUAAUGAAGAUGUUGUACUGCCCUUACUGCAGAGGACUUCCCACUGUGAAACCUUGCAACAACUAUUGCCUCAAUGUAAUGAAGGGCUGCCUAGCAAAUCAGGCUGAUUUGGAUACUGAGUGGAAUCUGUUCAUAGAUGCUAUGCUUCUGGUAGCGGAGAGAUUAGAGGGACCAUUCAACAUUGAAUCAGUCAUGGAUCCUAUUGAUGUCAAGAUUUCUGAAGCCAUCAUGAACAUGCAAGAGAACAGCAUGCAGGUGUCAGCAAAGGUUUUCCAAGGAUGUGGCCAACCUAAACCAGCACCUGCCCUGAGAUCUUCCCGUUCUGUCCCUGACAACUUCAAUACCCGGUUUAGACCAUAUGUCCCAGAGGAGAGACCUACAACUGCUGCUGGCACAAGUUUGGAUAGGCUGAGGACUAUCUGGAGGACAAUGCAACAUGGUGUAACAGACAUUAAAGAAAAGCUAAAGCUCUCUAAAAAGUUCUGGUCAACACUGCCCUACACAAUCUGCAAGGACGAGCGAGUGACAGCGGGUCCAUCCGUCGAGGAGGACUGCUGGAAUGGCCACACCAAGGCGAGAUAUUUGCCUGAGAUUAUGAACGAUGGCUUGACCAACCAGAUCAACAAUCCAGAAGUAGAUGUGGACAUCACAAGGCCAGACACCUUCAUUCGACAGCAAAUCAUGGCCUUACGUGUCAUGACUAACAAACUGAAGAACGCAUACAAUGGGAAUGAUGUCAACUUCCAGGAUACGAGUGACGAAACCAGCGGCUCAGGCAGCGGGAGCGGCUGCACAGACGACAUCUGUCCCACCGAGUUUGACUUUGUCACCACCGAAGCACCGCCUGUCGACUCGGACAGGAGAGAGGUGGAGGCUUCAGCCACACAGCCUGGCUGGUCACUGCAGACAUUGCUCAUCAUCUUCCUCAGCCUCGUACUGCAGAGACAGUGGAGAUAAUCCUGGAUCUAGUCAGAGAAACUGUGUUUUAGCUACAGAAACAGCCUACUUUCUUCUUUUCUUAUACUCUUGGACAAUGGACCAUGCCACAAACACUUGCAGUUUUCUACAAGAUGGCAGUUAUUGCAACCUGCUUCCCAUUUUAGUUUUCCCAAAGAGUACCAGGUGCCAGACUGAACUGCUUCCUGUUUUUUUCAGAUAUCUCUGAAGACAAUAUCCACUCUUGAGAGAAUUCUUUCUCAAUCCUUUAUUACAGGAGACUUUGUGAGCUUCAUUUCCUUUUAUGCUGCAAAAGGGAAAAAAGAUCUUACAGUGUGUUUUUCCCCAGUGAGAAAAAAGACGGGGGAAGAAACCAAGAAAGUUUUCUUUCUGAAUCAAGCCUGACUCAAGGCUGCUGCAUUUCAACAGAAUAUCAACAAAACAAAACAAAAAAAAGACAAGAAAGGAACAAAAAAAAAUGCAACUGUUCUUCACUGACAGCCAGGUUUCCUUUAGGAACUUCUGUAGGAUGAUUCAGGUCAUCAGAAUGAUCACUGUUAUAGGGAGGAAGGCUGAAUUUUUUUUCCCCAACACUAAAAAAGUAUGUCUCAGCAGUGAAUGUCUUGCACUCCAUCUGCCAACCACAUCAGAUUGGUAUGAAGGUAGAGAAGCUGAAAAAUAAGUUUAUCUUUUAGUAUGGUAGUAGCUCCACUAGCUUCAGAAUGUCAUGUUACAGUUGCUUAGGAUUUGAAUCUUAAUGCCCAGUAAAAAUAUGAGUAGUAGCACGAUUUCACCUAGUUUCUUUUAGGAUUUAUCCAUGUUAUAGAAUAGUCAGUUUUCCACUUAGCUCACCCCUGUGAGCUCACCAGCCAUGAUGGUAAUGUUAAACAACUCUCUUGACCCCUCACGGGUUCAGACAGAAAAUAAUCUCUUGUGAUGUAAUCUUUUUCCUUUUGUUGCUGUUCUGACAUCGAUUAGAACUUUUUGCUACUAUGUCCAUUACCCUACCAAGACAGCAAUUCACUAACAGACUAACAGCAACUGGAUCAAUAGUGUGUUUCACACCUAACUACAUCUUUCAUAUCAGUUAAUUUCAGUGUCACAAAAAUUUAUUCUACAAAAUUUCAGAUCAAACAAAUAUAUAGUACUGACAUGGAGAUUUCUUUCACUUUUUUAGUCUUAGUAUGAUCAUCUAUUUUUAUAUAUAUAAAUAUAUAUAAAUCACAGAUUUUAACUUCUUAAUUACAAGCUCAGGGUUGACACUUUAUAAGAAAAAAAUGUUUGGUCAACCAACUCUUCUUUUUGCUGCUCUGAAAAGUAACCCUCUAAUGACUGGUGAGCAUGAAAAUCAAAGAAGAGAAUUUUUUACAUAUCCAGUUGUCCAUUUCCUAACAAGUUUGCAGGUUGGUGAAGAAAACCUCUCUCAUAUAUGUGUAUUUGGUGGAGGGGGAAGGGGGGAGCAUGUGAGUUUGUAUGAUAAGCCUAGAGAAGGACAUGGAUGUUAAUUGUGAUGGUAAUUGUACUUCAGAUUCUUCAAGGAUACAUUGCUUUAAUAAUCAUUGUCUAAAAGUUAUGGUCUGGGAUAGAGUUUUCCUAAUUCACAUCUGGUCAUAAAAGCCAAGAUGGAAGCUGUUUAAAAACUGGACAAAUGUGUGUCAAUAAUUAGACAUCAAAAUCUUCCUUUUUUUAUCAAACACAGACGAAGGAUUUUUGGGGCAAUUCUGUGUGGUGUCGAAAUAAUUCGCCAUAAAUUUAUUUCUGAUUCUUAUAUUGACUCUGGAAAUGGUAUACACAAACUGUGGUAACACUGUAAGGCCAGCCAACCAUAUUCCAAUUUAGCAGCAGAACAGGUAGAUCGUAUCCAUUGCAAUUGCUUUUUCUUGUCAAAUUAUAAUUAGCUAUUGAUUUAGGCAUGAAAUUAAAAUAGAAAACACACAGCACGUUAGAAUAAAGUAUACUUAAGCACUUUUACAAAAAAAUAUUUACAAGCUAUUUAUAUAGUAUGUCUAAUAACAAAAAGCAUAAGUUUUGAGCCACUUGUAUUCAAUUCCUUUUCUUCCCCAUUUGUUUACUUUGAAAUAUAAUGAUAGAUAGCGUCAUAGAAUCAUAGAAUCAUGGAGUGGUCUGGGUUGGAAGGGACCUUAAAGAUUAUCUAGUUGCAUCCCUCCCUGCCAUGGGCAGGGAUGCCAUUCACCAGACAAAGUUGCUCAGGGCCCCAUCCAGCCUGGCCCUGACAGGUAGUAUGUCACUGUCUAAGUGUGCAGAUCACACAGGUCUUACAUGGCCAUAGCAAUGCUUCCUGCUUCUUCAUAUGUUCCCCCUGGAGCAGGUCUUCUGAUUGAGCAUUUACUGUAUCCAGGAAGUUUAAGACAAUGCUCAUAGGCUUUUUCUUUUGCCCUGGUACAGCAGGUAUCAAGCAGAAGGUCUUUGCUUUUAAUUUUUUUCCUGAACUUGAACAUGCAGUUUUCUAUAAGGAGAACCCUUCAAAAAUCUUCCCUGAUCCAUGUCUUUCUACCCAUCUCCACAUCCUCUCUACAUCCUCAGCAACCUUCUUUCAGGAGGAGUUAAGCUUGAUUUUGAUUUCUCUGGUUGUGUGUUUACUCAGUGGUAACUGAUUCUAUUUCCAUCUGAUUAUUCUAGUUCUGAAAGCUUAUUGACAGGCAAAAGUGUCCAAGCCCUCGGAAGCAAGUCCUCUGCUGUACUUUCUCCAUUCUGCUAGUGAAGGAGCUGAUGGACUCAUCGGGUUUUUGGGUUAGCCUUGGCACACAUGUAGGUGAUCUGAUUAUUGUUUUCAGCUGCUGCAACCAAGGUGUGUGUCCAGGGUUCUCGCAUCUAUUUGCAGACUUCCAUGGACUUUUAGACAAGAAGUAAGUUGGAUCCUUUUAGACAAGGAGUAAGAAAGAACUAGAGGUUCACAGAAGGCGCUCAUCACUGGAGGAGCUUGCCCUGCUCUUCUUGAACUGGAUCUUAUAAACUGCUGUUCAAACAACACACCAGCUUAAUCUUUGCCAAAAUGUGAUUUUUGCAGGAGUUCUGCCAGAAAUUUUUGUCUUCCAUAUUAUUAUUUCACCUCUUAUUUUGCUACUAUGCGUGAUGAUAUUUUGUCAGGAGAUGGAGAUGCCUUUGCGUGAAGUUACGGUAUAUACAUUUCUUUAAUAGUCCCUAAAGGUUGAAUACACUCUUCAUACAUUGCAUUUUUCUGAGAUUAAGAGAGCUAUUAAAUCUACAGAGAAAAUUAAAUUGGGAAUGAAGGAGAGAAAAGAAAAAACAUUCAUGUUCAUAAAUGUGAGAAUCUACAUAAUUUCCAAUUAUUCUAUUCACACAUCCUUUGCAUCCAAUAGCUCUUCUUCUGAGGUAAUGUUUUGGUAUGCCACAAUUUCAGUAUUUCUGUUAGCAGCAUAUAAAGUAAAAAAUUAUAAAGAAGACAAUUACAUGUUCAAGAAAAAGGAGCUAAGUCCUAAGGAAAAGUCCUUUGAUUGUGUAAACCCUCUAUACUGGGCAAUCUAGAAGUUUUUCAAACAUAAUGUUCUUUUAAAGCAGAGGCUAAUAAAAUAUUAGCUGCAACUGAUUACAUAACCAUUGCUGUAGACCUCUGUGAGGUUUUAUCUUUUUUAUAUUAACUGAGUUGUUUUCACAUCAUCCCUAAUUUUUUCAUGUUCAUUGUACUGCAGAUUUUUCUACUGAUAACUCAGUACACAGUACUGUAAAUGCAGUACAGACUACCUGGACUCUGGCCAAACUUAGGCAUUUCAAAAAAGACAAUCAGAAAAAAUUGAAAAAAGAGAAUAGAGAUUUCCUGGAAAAGAGGAAGAGGAAAGGAAACUGUGCCUCGGUGUUCUGGUAAAGGUUGAUCUAUCCCAGUUCCCUAAGAGGCAUCACAGAUCUCUGUCCAUGUAAAGCUCCAAAAAUCUGAGUCUCAGAUAGACUUAGUCAUUCCCAGUUCUGUGGGACUUUUAGGAAGAAUGAUUCCCAUAGAUGUUUCAGGAAGAAUGAUUCCCAUCAAUUGAUGAGAACCAAUUUGAGCUGCUUCCCUGCAAAAUGGCUUUACUGUGCAUGUGACUGAGCACUGGCACAGAUUGCUCAGAGAGGCUGUGGAGUCUCCCUCAUGGGAGAUAUUCAAGAACCAUCUGGACACAAUCCUGUGCCAUGUGCUCCAGGAUGAACCUGCUUGAGCAGGGAGGUUGGACCAGAUGACCCCCUGUGGUCCCUUCCAACCUGACCCAUUCUGUGAUUCUGUGAUUCUAUAAGCUGGAGCUGUUCUUGGGAGGUGGACUCUAUGUGCAGUGUCUCAGCAGGCAGCAGUUGCCUUCAGUUUACUAACUGAUUCUGAAUCAUUAUCAAAUGUAACUAUACUUAUUCACUGAAACUUUUAUUAUUUCAACAUAAAAAAUAAAUUACAGCACUGAUGCAAGUUGUGUUUUUUGUUUUUAAUUUGCUUCCAAAGAUAGCCCAUUAGAACUGAAUACAGAAAAUUUUAGAACGAUUAUGCAGGUUUCUGUAGAUUUCAUUAUGGAUAUUUAGAAGAAAUCCAGGUUUCAACGACCUCAAAACUAUGUUUACUAUAUUAACCCACAAUUGUUCAAACUUGGUAGAGGAGAAUGGAGAGAGUUAACAACAGUGCAAUGUUACAUAAAAUUGAAAAAAGCCAUAAUUUUAAAGAGAAAUUCAGCAGUCAAAGGCUAAGUCAGUACUGAGAUUAUGUUGUCAAAAUAUAAUAGACUCAGCAAUGCCUACUUUCAAGAAAAAUAGGGCAGGAAAUGCACUGAACAUGGCAAUGUUUUCAUUACAACUACUCAGAUGGACUGUGAGGAUCAUAUUAAUAUGGGUAAUUAUGACCCUUUUUGGAUAAGAUAAUGAUAAAGACCAGAGUACCAUCGUAGUAGGGUGUGUGAAGGAUAAAUGUUAUGAUAGUAAAAAUUUCCUCCUCUGUUAAACCAUGCAGAAGACAUAAUGGAGAAUGAAAAGCUUUGAUUUUUAAAAUAAAGUUCCAACAUCAGACAAGAGUGAUGAUCUCAAAUUAACUUAUUCUGAACAUUUUGCAACAGUCUGUCCUAUUCAAAUCUGCUGACCAAUACAAACAAGCAAUCACUUGAGGGUAAUUUGCCAACAUAACAUGAAGUGCUCACUUACAGUAUCUACUUACUUUUCCUACUAAGCUGAGUAUAUAGUUUAUGAUUCUGAUUGUGCAUCAUAUGAGGUCAUAACCAGACUUGUGCAUUGCAUCUGUUUGAAAUCCUGGUGCCAUGACGAAGCAAAUGGGAGCUUUGUCAUUUACAAGGAUUUUGACUCUAAUUGGGGAGAAAAAGUUAAUUCCUUUUUUUCCAGAAGCUGUUCAUAUGUGGUUUAUUUCUGACUCUUAAUAAAACAACAACACUGUCCAUAAAAGUAGUGACAUUAGCAUUGUCACCUGCAAGUUUUCAACAUCUGCUCCAAAGCAGUUGCAGUCUUUCUGUCUGGUUUCCCCACAGCCAAGGUCUCUGGACUCUCCAGGAGUUCAAGAAAGUCAUAUGUGUUUGUCCAUAGCUAAAAGUCUACACAGUUAAAUCAAAUAAUUUCAAGAAAUUGGUCAGUAUUUCAGUCAGCUCUUAUUUCACCUUCAUAUUUAAUUAUGUAGCACUGAUAAUUAACAAUAUAACGCACAUGAAAGGCUUUUGUUUCACACUGAUGAAAAAAAGUCUUCCUUUUCCUCCUUUAUUCUGGCAACAAGAAAUCUGUGUGGCUUAAUACUUAAAGCAGUUGGCAGCAUCUGGUGUGUAGUUUGUUUAUUAAAUUCAGAACAGCUGUAUUACUAAGAGGAGUUGUCUUUUUCUUGGGAGGGAAGAGGGAAAGAGUGUGUCCAUUUAUCAUUAGCAAAAAAAGAUGUACAGAAUGUUGACUAUUUAUCUUAGAUAUAGCGGAGGUCCAUCUGUCAGCAUUUCUGAAGAUGUUUUAAAGUCAAAUUUCCAGGGAAGACAAAUCUACUCCCACUAAAGCAUAAAUCAGUAUGAUUUUCUUCCAUGAAAAUAAUACAGAAUAUGUGGCUUUCAGUUCCAAGCACUGAGGAAGUUAGAAAGAAAUUUGAUUUCUCCAAAGCGGGAAACUAGCCAUUUAGACAACUCUCCUUCUCUCAUCUCCUGCAGCUCUUUUGUAGCUCUCCAGGGAUCUCCUGAGCCCCCACACAGAUGCCUGAGGCAGGGAGCCUCCUGGGUAAGCAAGCUGUCCCUGCUAACAAUGGAGUUUGUUUUUCCAAGAUGAAUAGAAAGACACCUGAGGAAUGAGUCAGGGCAGAGUAACUUCAACAGUGAGACCCAGCAGAUAUAUAUGGCUGUGGGGGAUUAACAAUAAAAUCAGGUGAGGGACAGCUGGAGCUCUUCACAUCUGCCCAGCUCUUCUUUUCAACCUACUGCCUGUGAAUUUUCAGAGUCGUCUGAUUAUAAAGUUUGCCUUCGUGUUUCCUGAUGAUAAAUAAUUCUAACUAAUGCUUCCUGUGUGCCACAUGUCCUGUCUUUGAGUCACCAGUGUUGGCUAUGACAAUUUUCUUCUCCAGGCUGAACUGUCUUUUCUGUCAUUUUUAGCUCACUGGAUUUUCUAUCUCCCUUCACCAGAUUUCUGUGCCUUUGGUAGCAACUACAUCUUCUAUUUUCAGACAGAGGAAGUAGCAACAGGGAGAUUUGGUUCACUUAUUUGGGAGGUUUCCAUUGGGCUUUAUCAGACCCCACCUUUAGCUUUUAUUCUCUAUUCUAAACACACUUGUGUGGAUGUAUGCUCUGGAUUAUCUGACAUAAAUCCUGCUGACUCUUUUGUCCAUCUAUAAUAUCUUAUAGAGUAUAUUUGGGAUUAUUCAUUCAGCUGUGGCAAAAUUCUACUUCUUUCUUAUAAAUAUAGCCUGAAAUUUCUGUUUUGUUAUUGUUUGGUAUGCUGAUGAGCCAGUAAGGCCAAUGCCAAAGAUCUUGUGGAUUUUCUAUAGCCAGAUUAACUGAAUGGGCAACAACUUCUGAAAACAGCUCAUAUUGCUUCUGUAAUUGAUUAUUUUGAGGUCUGGUGUUGGGUAUUUUUUAUUUUAUUUUAACCUUGUGGGCUUCAUUUCAUUUACUUCACACAUCGGCUACAAGUAUAUUACAUUGUACACAAAUAAUGUAACUACAGAUAAAUUUUUCAGGCUUUAGAUCACACAGAAGAUUUUUAAGCAAUUGGUUGAUCUUAGGGUUUUUUUUAAGAGUGAUCAGAUCAGUAGAUCAGUCUCAAAAAUUUGCCCAAAGAGUAGUCGGAGGUCUUCAGAUUUCAGCUUCAUGCUAUUAGUUGAGUUUGAGGCUCCAAUAAUAUUUUGUAAAUAAUUUGUGAAUAUGUGUGUGUACUUGACAGGGAAGAAGGGAACAUUUGCAUCUCUGAAAUAUUCUGAUGCUUCUUUUAAACUACUGCCUAAUCUGAACACAAAUCUACAAAUUCACAUUCAGAUGUUCAGGGAAGUCGAACUAAAUCAAUUGAUGGACAUUUAUAGACAGACUCCCCCCAGGUUACGUUUUCAUGCUGAUGAGCAACAUCAUUUAAUUUCCACUAGCAAUUUUGUUACAUUUCUCAAAUUCAAAGAAAGGGUGUUGUUAAGUAGCUCAGAUUUCUUGGUUUGGGUAUCAAUUGACAUUUAUACAUGUUUGUUAAACUUUUAUGACUUCAGACAUAUGAACAUUGCUUGAAAGCAUGCAAAUUGUUAGCUCUGGGUUUUAUGCUAUAUUUCUAGAUUAGUAUUUAACAUAGCUAAAUGUGAAUUUAUAGGGAUGAUAUAUGAAUGCAAAUCAACUUUAGAAUAAAAUUAGUUUAGAAAUGGAGUUGGGUUGAAAAGAUAUUAUUAAACUUUAAACCUGCUUUUCUACUGAUCUGGUUCUAACAUUUCAGCUUCUGGCACAACAAAAACCCAAAACCAACUUAUAGCUCAUACCUGAAACUAAAUAGUAGUUUCAAAUUUGGGGGUUUACAACAAAAAAUGAAAGUUAGAGAAAAAUCCCAAGUUCUCCCAUCUCCAAGCACUACUUACAAAGAUAGAAUAUUGAGCAGCAUAUGGCAGUGUAUGUGUGUAUAUAUAGCAGUAUAUCAAGGCAGGGUUUGAACUUUUAAGGGAAAGAUUCUUUAUGGCUUUGUAACUUCAGAGAAGUAUUGUACCACAGAAAUAGACAGAAAUAGAAAAAUAUAUACAAUUGUUUUGAUACAUUUGUGAAAUAGGUUUCACAGAACCUGAUAUUUUUUGUGCAAAAUGCCUUAAAUCACUUUAUGUAGGGCUAACGCAAUUGAAUUUAUUUCUGUAUAUAGCCUUUUAUAGUAAAUACUUCGGAUGCAACACUAGACUUUUCUUUCCACUGCAAUGAUAUACAGCCUUAUGAUUACAAACUAUAACAGAGAGACAAUGAAAGCUCUGCUUUACUAGCUGUGAAUGCACUUUCAGUCCACUUGUAGACUGAGAGACUGGAAGCAAGAAGUGGUGACAGUGCCAAGAGCACCAAGACCUUCCUGAUGGGCAAUGUCUACCUUCUCUCAGUCCUUUGCAACUAACUCUUUUACCUCUCAUGCCAUCUGUCUUCAUGAAAAUCAGCUGUGACCUAGGGCCUCAGAUCAUCCCACCAAGCACUUCAGGGAGCACACUGUCUUUGUAGUCUCUAUUCAGUCAGCAGAGAUGGGCACCUCUAUACCUGGGAAGGGGCUUGCCUCCCUUCCCACCACAGGCUGCCUGGGAUGACAAGGUUUGUCGUGGAGAAAUCUCACUUAAGUGCCUGGAGGUAGAUGCCACUAGUGAGACAACAGGUCCAAACUUCACCCAGACCCUCUCCUGUGGUUUUUUUUUGUUGGCCCAAUGAUGCCUCUUCUUCACACCUGGGCUGGAGUGAGUAGCCCGGAGAAGAACUCCACCUGGAGAAAUCAUGGUACAAUAACUUUGUUUCUGGGCCAAACCAACCCUGGUGAUUUGCCUCAUACAACCAACAUGCAUUUGUGGCUCUGAAUGCUGCCUGACACUGCUGUGUUUUUAUGCUUACUAAUAAGACAUUGGAACCAGUCAAAUGUCCUAGAUUGAAACAGGAAAGGAGACUGCCUUCAAUGCACAUAUGCACAAGGGAUGGAGCUCAAACAGGUCUUUUCUGAAAUCUCAGAUGUCUUUGCAAGGCUGGUAAAAGCAGUGCACAGGGCUAAAGCCAGCUCAGACAGUUAGCAAAGAUUAUGAUGCACAUAGCCAAAGGACAGAAAGCAAAUUAAUGCAGUGUCUCAAAGAGUGAGGAACUGAGAUAAAAACACCCUUUGGGUUGAAUCAUUAAUGCACUUAGUUGUUUGUCAGUCUCAGCCCUUACUGCAUCAGUAAGGAAAAUCAGAAAGGAAAAUACACAUCUAAGAGGUCAGUAGAGAAAGCAAGGUUAAUACUUACAGGUUAAUGCUGACAAACCACUAACACACCUCUUAAAAAUAGCUGAAUGGUAUGACAGAAACAACUCAUUAAAAGCUGAACUAAGCACAGCUUCAUCUGUAUCCCCUCCAUCUCUCGAGACUCUAAAUGAGGAAAUUAUUUUUUCUUCCCCAGAAUACUUCUUGGGGGUACUUGAAAUGUGGCAGAAACCAAAAGCCCUAGCUGUGAAGCACCCAUUUCAGUCCAAUACUCUUGGCCUCCUGCUCUUGUUUUCCUUUUGCAUUUCUGAGAAUGGCAUAUGCACAUAGUGCAUGUGAAGAUGCAUGUUUUCCCCAUAUGCACAUUUAUGUGUGCAUAUAGACAUAUAUAUGUAUCUCUACAAAUACAACCAUAGACCAGUAAAUUUCAAGCACAUAUGCUAUAAGAGAGUAUUGGAAAGGCUCCAUUCACCACAAUACUUGGCAUAGCAUAAUGAGAAGAAUCCCAGGCAGGGACUUGUGCUUUAAAUAUGUUUAUACCUUGUGUCUCUAUGAGUGUUGAUGAAAUUUUCUGAAAUAACUGUAAAAGGGUGAGCCUGCAGAACUUAAUUUGGCAACAUCUGCUGCUACUAGUAACGAACAGAUAAAACCCACAAUUUUCCAGAUAAAAACAGCAACCUACAUGGUAUUUUGGGGCUUUGCUGAUACAAAUUUCAUUAUUCCUUGGUUUCUAUUUCAGCAAAAAAAAAAAACCUGUAGAAGCUCACCAAGCUUUUCAGAACAUCUACUUCCUCCUUUCAGACUACAAUAGUGGUUAAACGAUGACUUUUCUACAUUUAUGGAAGUAUGUUCUUUAAAUAUGAGUUGGGUAAAAUACUGGUGAUCAAAACCAUCAUCCCAGUUGGUGGGGAUUUUUAUAAAAAGUUAAUUCAUAAUGCAUGGAAAGUGGCUCUUACUUUUAAUGAUAUCAUCUGGCCCCCCUUAACUAAAUUACAGCUUUAUAAUCAUAUUGCCACUGUCCAUCACCCAAGAAUGACAUGUCACAAUACCCAAAGGAUUACCCCUACAGCAAUUGGGUCUUUUUAAUUUCUUUUUUCUCCACAUACUUUCCUCCAGGAAGUUUUGAUUAGUAGAAAUGCAUUCAGAUUUCCCUGUGGAUAAAAAGAAGGGAAGUGUUUGACAUUUUCCAGGCAAUCUCAGACGGCACUGCUCAGCCCAUUGCUUUUCCAUUUCCCCCCGAGUCUUUACUAAGUCCAGUGCACAACAGCUAAUGUGGUUUUCACAAAACAAUGAUCAGUAAUGUAAAUACCAUUUCUUCCCUCAAGAUUUAUAAUGAAUUCUGUGUUUCUGAAGCUUGUUUCUCUCACAGUUUUUGACGUUAAAGAUGAUAUUUGGAAAUCACAGAACAGUUAAAACAUAAACCAUUGUGUUUCUGUUCAUAAGUAAGAAAAACUUGACUGCAGGGAUAUUUUCUUGGCAGGGUUAUAUUAACAGUCAUUUACAUGCAUUUAUACUUACACAUGUAUAUGUAGAGCUGCACCUGCUUCUUUCAUAUAGCUUAAAAUUACUACCAGAUAAUGAAUGUCCUCCUAUUGAACUCAUUUUUUUUGUAUAGCAUCUUCCUGAAAUAUAGACAUUAGAAGACCUUGCUGCUCAGCCAAGGCAAUUUUGCCUGGUGCAAUAUUAUGUUAGUAGAAAAAGGCAUUUGAAAUAUCAUACAUUUUAUUUUCUGAAUCAAUACUUCUUUUGCUGCCUACUGAAAAAUCCUUUUUUCAUGCUUACAACACAUCUGAGAGCUGGAAUAGGAUUGUAAUAUUCAGUAACAGACUGAAACAAUAACUAGCAUUCUUAAAGAUUAAUUUUAUUUGCCCUGCCUUUUGCCUGCAAACAUUAUCCACAUAAUGCUUUUCAGACAGAUUUUACCUUGUUAGCUUUCCUGCUUCAUAGUAUACAUAUAUUAAUGAAUAUGUAUUUCCAUUGGUGACAGUGUAAGGCAAGUUAUUUCUCUCAUAGUGUUAUUCUACUGUUUAUUCAUGUGCAUAUUUUAAAUUUGCAAUGGCUUGUUGGAAAGUCUAAUUGAUUGUCACUGACUACUAGCCAGAGUUUUCUUUUGUUAAGACACCAUUAUAUAAAAUUCUGAUCAUUACAUGAGAAUUCACUUUUGAUUGUUAGAUCUAAAUUAUAUCCUUUUCAAAAUCACAGCAAACUCCUUAUCAAUGAAUUUCCACUAAAACAUUGUCAGAAAACAUAGUUUUUCCAAUUGUCUUUAUAAUAAGAAAGAAAUAGAUUUUCUGAGUUAAACAAGAUAUAUUGACCUUUAUAUGAAUCUUGCCAUAAUUGGCAAAGCAUUAAAAUUAUAGAACUCACAAUUCACUAACUCUCUGUACAGAGAGAAAAAUAGCUCAGCUAGAAAAUACCAGAUUGCUUGUCAGGGAAGUCUUAUUGAUGCAACACACAAAGUCACUUGCAAACCAUCUAUAGGUAUCUUAUAGGUACUAUAACUGUAGGUAUCUAUAGGUAUCCUAUAGGUAGUAUAACUACUGUGAGAUGUAGUAGAGACAGUCAAACUCUCUCCUUCCCAGUGUCAUGAGAUUUCAACUGUCUAUAUAAUCAACAGACAGAAACAGGGAAACACAUUCUUUCCACCUGCUGUAACUACAUAUACUGUAUGUUGCUCUGACUUCUCUCUUGGGUAAAGACAGUAAAGGGUAUUCUUGAUCUAGCAUCAUGGCAUGACAAGCUCUGUGACUGAUUCAUUGCCAUCUUCAUCUUAGAAACUUUUCAAUACAUGCACAAUGCCAUAGGAGGUGGUUAGCACCCAGCCCAUUAAUCCAAGUAUUAAGAGAUAGGUGACCAGAAGUAGUUAUUUUUGCUGAGGUUACUAAGUAUAUGGAUUAAGACUUCCCAAUGUAACUCAUUUAAAUUCAAAGUUUAAAAGUGUUCCAACAACCUUGACAAUGUAAUUUAUGCUGUGUGAGGACUAUGCAAUGGAGGAUCAGAAACACCUUCCCCAGCCUCUCUGGUCCUCCUCCCAGUGAAGUUAGUGAGAGUUUGCCAUUGGCUCCAGUACCAGGAAAAGCACAUCUAACAAGUUUGAUACUAACCAUUUAAAUCUCUGUUUAUAUCUCAGUGUCUAUCUCUGAAACAACACUGGUGACACUAGUUCAUAAUUAAAACAGAAAUAAAGUGUGGGACUAUCUUUUACACUGUUACUUAAUAUUCAGUACUGUAUGUAUAUAUCUACUUGACACCUCAGUGAAGACUUUGACAUGCCUUAUUCAUUCUAGUUAUUUUUAUGGUAUUGGUUUUGUUAGAUUGCUCUCCCAUAUAAAGAAUAAAACUAUAACUGUUCUGACUUUAAAUUGUCCAAUUCAUUUUUAUCCAAGUUUUGUUAAAUCUAAAUCACAUUCAUCAGUUCUUCUCAUUCCCAUCACCCUUCACUCACACUAGGAAGGCAAUGUAUAUUGGUGGUUUAAAAACAGGUAUUUGAUAUUCUCUGAUGGACUACAAUAAAUAUCUGAAG